ACAGAACUCAGUGAGAAGAGAGAAGAGGGUGGAAAGUUUUGAUCCUCCUGCUGGUUUACUGUGAGCUUAGAGAAAAGGGCUAGAGGGUCAGAAACUCACAGAUAGCAGGAGAUACGAGUCACACUCAAAGUUCAGAGCACUGCACCGGAUCCGCUUUGGCAGAGCCCAAAUAUCAACACAGACUGACUUUAAAAGGGCUCUUUUCUCCCCUGGAUGUAAUCAUGUGGCGGACAGCUGAUCAGCUUCCCUGGAUUUCGCUGACGACUUCAUUUUGUUUUGCCUGAAGAUGGAAACGCUGGAGUCGGAACUGACCUGCCCAAUCUGUCUGGAGCUCUUCGAGGACCCGCUGCUCUUGCCCUGUGCUCACAGCCUUUGUUUCAACUGUGCCCAUCGUAUUCUGGUCUCACACUGCACGCCCAGCGAGCCAAUACAAUCCAUCAGCGCCUUUCAGUGCCCGACCUGUCGCUAUGUCAUCACCCUCAACCAGAGGGGCCUAGAGGGACUCAAACGCAACGUUACAUUACAGAACAUCAUCGAUCGCUACCAGAAAGCUUCUCUCAGCGGACCUAAUUCCCCGAACGAGACUCGGCGCGAGCGAGCCGUCCCCGACAGCAAAGCCAUGACUUGUCCCGGUGACCGGGUGCAGUGUCAGUUCUGUGAGCAGGACCCUCCUCAGGACGCUGUGAAGACCUGCGUCACCUGUGAGGUGUCAUACUGUGACGAGUGCCUCAAGGCCACCCACCCCAACAAGAAGCCGUUCACGGGCCACCGGCUCAUCGAGCCCUUGCUCGACUCCCAUCCGCGAGGGCUUAUGUGUCUUGAGCAUGAGGAUGAGAAGGUCAACAUGUACUGUGUGACAGAUGAACAGUUGAUCUGUGCAUUGUGUAAGCUGGUGGGCCGACACCGGGACCACCACGUUGCAGCCCUCGGGGACCGAUUUGACAAACUCAAGCAAGCUUUGGAUUGCAACCUCAGCAGUCUAAUCAAGAGGACCAGUGAGUUGGAAAGUCUUAUGGGGAAACUCAUCCAAACCUGCCAACAUGUGGAGGUAAAUGCAUCGCGACAAGAAAACAAGCUGCUGGAGGAGUCUGACCUGCUAAUUACUAUCAUACAGCAACGAAGACUAAUCAUAGCAACCAAGAUAAAGGAGGGGAAGUCUAUGCGGCUGAGGAAACUAGCCCAGCAGAUAGCCAGCUGCAAGCAGUGCAUUGAGAGGUCUUCCUCCCUCAUCACUCAGGCCGACCACACUCUCAAGGAGACGGACCAGGCUCGCUUCCUCCAAACGGCUAAAAGCACCUGUGACAGAGUUUCCAUGGCAACGGCCUCCUCUCAAAUCCUGUUACCAGAAAUGAACCUGAGUGACACCUUUGAUACUUUUGCUUUGGACUUCACACGGGAGAAAAAAAUGCUCGAAAGCUUGGAUUACCUCACAGCUCCAAAUCCGCCAACAAUCCGUGAGGAAUUAAGUACAGCUUCAUACGACACGAUCACAGUUCACUGGACAACAGAUGAUGAAUUCUCUGUUGUAUCAUAUGAACUUCAGUACGCCAUCUACACCAGCCAAUCCAAUGUUGUCAGUUUGUGCAACUCUGCUGACAGUUGGAUGAUUGUACCAAACAUCAAGCAAAAUCACUACACCGUCCACGGGCUCCAGUGUGGCACCAAGUAUAUUUUCAUAGUGAAGGCCAUAAACCAGGCUGGAAACCGCAGCAGUGAACAUGGGAAACUCAAGACCAACAGUCAACCAUUCAAGUUAGACCCAAAGUCAGCUCACCGGAAGCUGAGGGUGUCCCAUGACAACCUGACGGUGGAGAGGGACGAGACGUCGUCCAAGAAGAGCCACAGUCAGGACCGCUUCUCCAGCCAAAGCAGCUACGGUAUCACAGGGAAUGUCUACAUCGACAGCGGCCGCCAUUACUGGGAAGCUCUGAUUGGAGGAAGCUCAUGGUUUGCAGUGGGUAUUGCAUACAAGUCAGCACCAAAACAUGAGUGGGUCGGCAAAAACUCUGCUUCCUGGGUACUGUCUCGAUGCAACAACUCGUGGGUGGUGCGUCACAACAGUAAGGAGAUGCCCAUCGAGCCCUCACCCCACCUGCGUCGUCUCGGAGUGCUGUUGGACUAUGACGCUGGAUUGCUGUCUUUCUAUGACGCUGUCGGCGCUCAGCACUUGCAUACAUUCGAUAUCGCCUUCGUUCAACCAGUCUGCCCAGUGUUCAAUGUGUGGAACAGGUGUUUAACAGUCCUCACCGGACUGCCCAUCCCAGAUCACUUGGAGGGGAUAGACUACAACAACUGACUGACCUGUCGUGCUGGAUUUUCUUUGUGUACCCAAAAAGAAACCAGACCUCAUUGACUGUUAUGCCCACAUACAUUUUGACGAACAAAAAAACAACAGUAACUGAAUGAGAUGCAAUCAAUAGCCUAGGUGUACGGUCCGAAUCAAGCCAAUGUUGAAAUUGAAAGGAAAUGAUUUACAAGCAUCUGUAGAUGUAUUUCUUUGCUUUGCACAUGUAUGUACAUUACACUGCUGGAUGGAAUUAAGGGUUUGCUUACAGUUUGAAAUUCAUUUUCAAAUAGGCUCCAGAUUAUUUUUUAUUUCUUAAGUUUAUUUCAUGCUGUUUGAUUAUAAUUAUAAACCUAUAGGUGCAAGUGAGAAACAGACUCUGGUGUUAAUGUUUCUGGGGGGUUUGUAUUAUUGGCUAUUUUAAAUGUCACGUUUUUUGAAAGAUUCUUUACAUCAUAGCACUUUGAGAAGUUGUCACUAUAAAAUGUAUUUCUUAGCCACUUGUACCGAAAUGCAACUGUUUCCUUGUCAUUGUCUUGUAAGGAAAAAGCACUAAAUAGAUCAGUUAACAACUAUUUUAAAAAACAGUUUUAGACUAAUGUGAAAUCAAUUAAGUCAUUUUCAAAUAUUUAUUAUCUGUAAAUGUGUGCAGUUCAGCAUUAUGAAAUCAUUCAUCACAACUUUCACAUUUAAGUUUCUCUCUGACAAGCGGUAAUAAAAGUGACUUAAUUUG